UCUGUGUUACAAGAAGAAUUAAAAUCCAUUCACGCAUUCUCUCAAAAAACAUACACACCAGAACAGUGGGAAGAAGAAAAGAAGAAGUAAAAUGGUAGAAAACAAUUUCCAGCAAUCAUCUGAAAAACUACACUCUGAAUUGCUUAUAAAAGUAUCAGCACCUGGUAAAGUUAUUCUACAUGGAGAGCAUUCUGUUGUGUUUGGAAAACUUGCCAUUGCUGCAAGUCUUGGAUUACGCACAAAACUUUCUCUUUCUGAACUAAAAAGUGAUAUUGAACUUAACAUGCUGACUAUUCAGCUAAAAGAUCUUAAUUUGAUUCAAUCAUAUGACGUAAAGAUUAUUCAACAAGAUCUUUUAGCAAAAUGUCGGUCUAUAAUAAAAAAUAAUCCGAAUUAUAGCUUGGAAAAUCCACAAUUAAUUAAUCAUGAAGAAAUUUUACAAAUCACAGAAGAUUUUGUUACCAGAUAUUCCAAGCCACUCAAUCCCUAUCAAAAUAUUGCUCUUGUAUCUUUAUUUUAUCUAUUUGCUGGUACUUUGGGAUCAGUUGAUAUCAAACUUCGACCAAUAAAUAUUAAUUUGGAGACAGAUCUCACUAUAAAUGCUGGAACUGGCAGUUCAGCUUCCUACUUAGUUACUCUUUCUGCGGCCUUCAUUCAGUAUAUAAGAUUUAAAGCAAAUUUUGGAAAAAAUCAGAUUAAAAAUGGGCAAACUAAACAUAGAAAUUCUGAAGUUACAAAUUCAAUUAAAUUUGACACUGAUGAUCUUCAACUGAUAUCUAAAUGGGCUUAUAAUGCUGAAAAAAUUAUUCAUGGUCCUGCAUCAGGCAUUGAUAAUACAAUUUGUACUUUUGGAUCAAUGGUUGAAUUUCGGAAAGGAUCACAACCAAGAGUAAUUGAAUUACCUACAAAGUUUCGUAUGCUACUGAUUAACAGUAUGGUAACAAGAAACACGAAAAGCAUGAUAGCCGUAGCACAGGAAACGAAAAAAGAAUUUCCAACUGUUUUUGAUUCGAUUUUAGAUGCAAUGAAUGCUGUAGCUGAAAGUGCCUUAGAAACAAUCAUUCGCCUUAGUCAACUUAAAACCGUUGUGGAACAUGAAAAUUGCGAUUCAGAAAUGGUCUCGCUUUUUAAGCGUCUAGAGAAAUUAACAGACAUGAACCAGAACCUUCUUGCUGCUAUAGGAGUUUCACACCCGAAAUUGGAUAGAAUUUGUUCAAUUUUAAAAGAGAAUGGACUACAUGGGAAACUUACUGGUGCUGGAGGCGGAGGAUUCGCUAUUGCUUUAGUGAAUCAUUACCAUCCCGAUGAUAAAAUUAAAGCUUUAAUGGAAAAAUUAGAAACGGAAGGUUUCAGUGUACAACUUACUGAUUUGGGUGGACCAGGAGUUCUUAUAGACGAAUUUAAAGUUAAUUCCUAAUACUUAGUUACUUAUUUCUUUCAUGUGUUAAUUCACUAAAAUACGUACUAGAUAAACAAGUAAAAAAUGAAACAUUAAAUAUGUUGGCCUAAACUGUAGAAAUGUCUCUUAACGAAAGUUUUUCAUGUCAAAAACAAGAAGAAUGCUUCCAUUUUCUACUAAUAAAAUACAUUAUCGUUCUCAUGCUU